AUGCAUCAAAGAUAUCCGUCUAAUCAUUCUACACCUCGUAAAGUCAAUAGAAAGAAAGUCCUUGCUUCAAGUGCAGACAAAAUCAAGACAAGUAAACGACGUCUGUCUAUAGCUAGAGAAACCGAAACAAUGAAAACGUGGCGUGACUCGAAAAGGAAUAACGCAGGUUUUAAGAGCAAAGACCUGGUUCUACGGCCCAGAAAAAGGCAAUGUCCGGCGAAACUCCUAAGGAAUUGGAAAGAUCGGUGCAAAAGAUACCCUGCAAAACUCCCAAAGAAUUGGAGAGGUCGGUACAAGAUCACUAACAAGUUAAAUGACGUAAUGAAAAGACCUAUGAUCAUGGAAAAAAAUGGACAAAGAUGA